AUGAUGUCCAAGUCGAUCAUCGUCGCCGCCCUCGUGGCCUACACCGAGGCCCGUUUCGGCCAGGAACAGGUUCCUGUCUCUGCUGUCUCUUCCCUCUCCAACUUUGGCAACCCCGGAGAGGCUGCCACCCUCGCUGGUGGCAUUCCGGGGUCUCUGCUCGCGGCCGCCAACCCAUGUGACAAGCUUACCCUGGCCGACAAGAUCGUCACCCAGCUCGGCACUGACCCGUCCGUCAUCGAUGCCGCCAAGGGGCUCGUGGCUGCGGAGCAGAACUUCAACCCUUUUGUGGUCUCUAUUCCCAGCAUCUGCUCUGAUGCCACCCUUCCUGCAACCGCAGAGCUGCGUGGCGUCGUGCCUCUGAUCGACCCUGCCGUCACUGGCUCUGAUACCGAGAACGCCAACUCCAAGACAUCACUGACCACUCCCUUCGACGCCAACGGCCUGUCCGUGGCCGAGAUCAUGGCUGCUCAGGGAUUCUCCAACCUCACCGCCGUUGCUGCUGAUGGCACAAAGGCUGCGGCAGGUGGCGCGGCCGCCGGCGCGGCUACGGGUGCUGCCUCGGGUGCUAAUGGAAAUGCUGCCUCUGGUGCUGCCGGAAAUGCCACUGCCGACGCUUCGAAUGGAAAUGCGAACGCUGGUGCCGGUGGCAAGAAGUCCUGCAGCUCCAAGGGCAAGGGCAAGGGUUCCAACAACAACAACAACAACAACAACAACGCCGGAGCCAACGCCAAUAACAACAACGGCAACAACAACGGUGCUGCUGCCAACAACAAUGCCGGUGCUGCUGCUGCUGCCAACAACGGAACAGCUGCUGCUACCGGUGGCCAGACUUCGCUGGCUGGCGCGGACUUCGGAAAGUGUACACCAACCAUGGACUUCCAGUUCGGUCGCGCUGGCCGUAAGGCAACCGAGGGCACGUUCCUGCCCACCGAUGCUCUCGUCGCUCAGGGACAGCAGGACGCUCUGAACCCCAACAUCAUCACCAACCGUAUCUGCGACCAGCUGACCAACGUCUGCGAGGCCAACCAGGCCGCUAAGGAUGCCUGCCAGAGCGCCAAGGCCCAAAUCCAGGCCCUGGGCACCAAGGAUGCUACCACCGCAACCGCCUUUAACCAGGCCCUGGGCUUCUAA